GUACAAAAUAUACAAGCAGCAGAGACCGACCGGCUUCGGAAGAGAGGAUCGACACGAAUUUCGGUUCUUCCGUUCGUGUGGCGAAAUAAACCGGUCCAAUUACCUUCAUUUCAUCCACCCAACCGAACACUUUUUCUAACCCUGACCGGUCCAUCCGGUCACAUCUUCACGGUUUUCUUCACUUUCUACGAACUCGGUUCUCCUCUCGCAAUCUCCACUCAGCGAUUCAACAAACCGGUUGUAUUGAAGUGAUUAUUGGAGAAAAUGAGUUCGAAUCUUGAACCGGUGGCAAUUACACCACAAAAACAUGACCCAGCUUGGAAGCAUGCUCAGUUGUUUAAGAAUGGAGACAAAGUGCAGUUGAAGUGCAUAUAUUGUCUCAAAAUGUUCAAAGGUGGUGGGAUUCAUAGGUUUAAGGAACACCUUGCUUGUCAGAAAGGGAAUGCUUCCAUGUGCAGUAGUGUCCCUCCUGAUGUUAGGCUUCUUAUGCAGCAAAGUUUGGAUGGUGUUGUGGUGAAAAAGAGAAAGAGGCAGAAAAUUGAGGAUGAGAUUAUGAAUGUUAAUCCUUUGGCUACUGUUGUGAAUGCUCCUUCUAAUCUGGGGGUGCAGUCUAUUGGAGUUCAGGAUUCAAUGGAACAAAAUUCAGGUCAUAUGUUGAAUUCUCCUGGUGAUGGAAUGGGUAGAAAUCUUGAAAGAAGGAAGAAGAUUAGAGCUACUAAGAAUCCUGCUACAGUUUAUACAAAUACUGAGUCUGAGGGUGUUGUUCCUAUGGAGAAAAAUACAUUGUUCUCCAAAAAGAUAGACAGUCACAUUCAUAUGGCAAUAGGUCGGUUUUUGUAUGAUAUUGGUGCGCCUUUUGAUGCAGUGAACUCAAUCUAUUUUGAGCAAAUGGUUGAAGCAAUUGCUUCCGGGGGUUCAGGUUUUCAACGCCCCUCGCAUCAUGAACUUCGAGGUUGGGUCCUGAAAAACUCUGUGGAAGAGGUGAAGAAUGGAAUCGAUAGGGGCAAGAUGACUUGGGGGAGAACUGGAUGUUCCAUUUUGGUUGACCAAUGGACUACAGAAGCUGGCAGAAUACUAAUAAGUUUUUUGGCUUAUUGUCCUGAAGGCACAGUCUUUCUGAAAUCCUUGGAUGCAACUGAGAUAUCGACUUCUGCAGAAUUUUUAUAUGAAUUGAUAAAACAAGUAGUAGAAGAAGUUGGAGUUGGGCAAGUUGUCCAAGUGAUUACAUCAGGCGAAGAACAGUAUGCUGUUGCUGGGAAAAGGCUGACUGAUACUUAUCCUAACCUUUAUUGGAGCGCGUCUGCAGCUCAUUGCAUUGAUUUGAUACUUGAAGAUUUUGGAAAUCUUGAGUGGAUUAGUACAGUAAUUGAACAAGCUAAAUCUAUAACAAGAUUUGUCUACAAUUACACUGCAAUUUUGAAUAUGGUCAGAAGGUAUACUUUAGGGAAUGAUAUUGUGGAUCCGUCUUAUUCACGCUUCACAACAAACUUUACCACAUUAAAACGAAUGGUCGAUCUUAAACACAAUUUACAGGCUAUGGUUACUUCUCAGGAAUGGAUGGAUUGUCCAUAUUCAAAGAAAACAGCAGGUUUGGAAAUGUUGGAUUGCCUGAGCAAUCAAACAUUUUGGUCGUCGUGCGAAAUGAUUGUUCGUCUGACACUUCCUCUCUUGAGAAUUCUGAGAAUAGCUUCCAGUGAGACGAGACCUGCAAUGGGAUACACUUAUGCUGGAAUGUACAAGGCAAAAGAAGCAAUUAAGAAAGCACUUGUGAAAAGGGAGGAUUAUAUGGUGUAUUGGAAUAUUAUACAUCAGAGAUGGGAGAGGCUGUGGCAUCAUCCUCUUCAAGCUGCAGGCUUCUUUCUUAAUCCGAAGUUCUUCUAUAGCAUUCAAGGGGAUAUACACAACGAGAUUCUCUCGGGGAUGUUUGAUUGCAUAGAGAGAUUGAUACCAGAUACAAGAGUUCAAGAUAAAAUUAUCAAAGAGUUAAACCUGUACAAAUCGGCUGCAGGAGACUUUGGGAGAAAGAUGGCAAUCAGAGCUAGAGAUAAUCUUCUUCCUUCUGAAUGGUGGUCAACAUAUGGAGGAGGCUGCCCUAACUUGUCACGCUUAGCAAUUCGCAUUCUUAGCCAAACAUCGAGUGUGAUAUUCUGCAAGAGAAACCAAAUUCCUUUUGAACAGAUAAUCAAUACAAGGAAUUAUAUAGAGCGUCAACAUCUCACUGAUCUCGUCUUUGUUCAUUACAACUUACGAUUGAGGCAAAUGUUUAUGAGUAAGGAACAAGAAUCUAGCGAUCCCCUAUCGUUUGACAACAUUUGUAACGUUGAAGACUGGAUCAGGCCAAGGGAUUUAUACUUAGAAGAGUAUGGGAACUCGGAUUGGAUGACAUUGGAUUCUUCUUCCAUGAACACAAUGCUUUUAAGGCCUUUAGACGAUGAAGCUGAAGAAAUUGUUGAAGGGUUUGAUGAUCAAGAGAUUUUCAGUAGUCUAAAAGACGACGAGGGUGAGACUACUGGAGACAAGUUUGAAAACCAUUAGCGAAUGAUGAAUAAAACCAUGCUUGCUGACAGAUUUUGAUUGUAGUAUCGACAUGUUUUGAAGGUUUCUGCCAAAUACUGGUUGGUAUGUAUUAAUAUUAAAAAUAGAGGCUAACUGGUGAGGAGUUUAGGGUUGAGGUGAGAGAAACUAAGUUAUUGCUGAUGUAUUAGUUGGUAUAAUUUGCAGUGUUCUUGUACAGUAUUUGAUAGUUCUGUAGUAUUUCUCACACUACGGUAGUUUUUGUUGCUAAGAUUGUUCCUCUUAUGAAAUGUUCAAAGCUUGGUUGGUCAUGUAUUUUAACUUUUAAGAGGCAUGAAAAGCUGAAGGAGAAAUUGUUUUCUUUGGCCAAAUGGUGUUUAAGAGCUUUGAAAAUCCAAAACAAACAGACUGAGAUGAUCUCAUAUAGUACAAGUUCUUUGCAUUGCUGAUA